AUGAGUGGCAUUCAAUUCGAUCCGGAUCGGGACAUUCCAGCGCUGUCUGGCAAGGUCAUCCUUAUAACAGGGGGCAACAGUGGACUCGGGAAAGAGUCCAUCCUUCAGCUGGCCAAGCAUGACCCAGCCAACAUCUUCAUGGGUGCUCGAAGUGAGACAAAAGCUGGAGAAGCUAUUGAAGAUAUCAAGAAGAUCGUUCCGAAUGCAAAAGUCCAGUUCCUCCAGCUCGACCUUUCGUCGUUCGACUCGGUGCGGAACGCCGCCAACCAAGUUCUGGCGUCUUCUGAGCGUCUCGACGUCCUCAUGAACAACGCCGGUAUCAUGGCCACUCCGGCUGCUGUCACGAAAGAGGGAUACGAGAUUCAGUUCGGUACGAAUCACAUGGGGCACGCCCUGCUCACAAAGUUGUUGCUGCCUCUUCUUGAGAGGACCGCCGCUCGUCCCGACGGUGACGUGCGAAUCAUCAACUUGAGCUCCAAUGCUGCGGACAAUCAGGCGCCCAAGGAGGGCCUUAUUCUAUCUGAUGUCAAAUCGCCAAUGUUUGCUAUGAGCACCUGGGCUCGCUAUGGUCAAUCCAAGAUUGCCAAUGUCUACUUCACCCAGCAGCUUGCAAAACGCUACCCCCAGAUCAAAUCUGUCGCCAUCCACCCAGGCAUUGUCAACACGAAUCUGACGUCGGGGCCGAAACAUUCCUUCAAGAUCAUGAUCCCCAUUCUCUUUGUCGUUAGCCGACUCUUCUUCACUCCUGUCAAAUAUGGAGUUUUGAACCAGCUUUGGGCUGCGACCGCCAAGAGCGAGGAUGUGAAGCAAGGCGGCUUUUAUUAUCCGGUUGGGGUGGAAUUCAACGGCAAGCCCAUCUUGGCCAGUGAGAAGCUGUCGGAUGCUUUGUGGGAUUUCACGGAGAAGGAGAUCAAGGCACACGGGUAUUAG